AUGUCAUACUCAUCCUCUCAAUUCUGGGAACCUAUCAAUGCAACGGCUGAGAAGCCUGUGAUUAGAGGCGAUGGCAUUCGUGUGUUUGGCAUGGAUGCUGAACUUGAGCUAAAGAUGCAAUCAAAACGCGAUCCAGAGUAUGAGAGCGAGUUGGCACAGUGGAUUGAACAGGCGACAGGCAUGCAGCUGGAGUUUCCCAAUGACUUGGUCGAGUCACUGCGCAGUGGCAUCGUGCUCUGCACGCUCAUCAACACACUGAUUCCCGAUACAAUCAAGAAGAUCAAUAUGAAGCCAAUACCAAUGUUCCACCUGGAGAACAUCAGUUUCUAUCUGAAGGGCUGCUGGUCGGUGGGCCUGCCCUCAUCCGAUCUCUUUGUGGCCACCGACCUCUACCACCGCAAGGACAUUGCGCAGGUCAUCCAGAACCUGACGUCGGUGGCGCGAUCAGCCCCAAACUGCCCGCACUAUAAAGGACCCAUCUUUGGCCAGGUCAAACACAAACACUCUUCGCCAACGAUCAACCCGGCGCACGAUCAGACGACAGAGACGCAGGAGGAUAGGUUCGCUCCGCCCCUGCUCCUGAACGGGACCAAGCCAGGUCCCAAGGACUCCAUAUUCUGUAUAUACUGCGGCUCCAAGAAGACCUGCAACAAGUGCGAUCAUGCAGGCGAUGAGAAGCUGGCCAAAGAGCGCGAUGAGCUGUCGGCGCGCUCAGACAAGUUGGAGGCUCUUCUACAAGAACGCGACGAGCGCAUUGAGCAGGAUCGCAUGUACAGUGAGAAGAAGGAGAAAGAGUGGGCGUUGGAAGAGCAGCGAGUGACAGAGGCGGAGCGAGCAUCUGAGCUACAACGACUGUUUGACUCACAUAAGAAGCUGGCGACAGAGAUGGAGCUGGACUCUUCACGAGCAUUGGAGCAACAACAUAAUGCACACGUACAGAAGGAGAAUGAGAUAAAGCAGUACCUCGACCAACUGAAACAUCAAAUGGAGGCACAACAAAGAGACUCGAGCGAGAGGCAUGCUGAGGAGAUGAUUGAGAUGCAGACCAGACACACAGAAGAGGUGACCAAGCUGAAGCAAGUACAGAGCGAGUUGGAGCAUGCACAACGAGAAGAGGUUGCCAAGUUGGUGAACACUCAGCGCGAGUUGGAGGACCAGCAUGCAUUGGAACUCUCAAACAUGAGGGCGAAGCAUGAAGAGUUGGAGAGGAAGCAUUCAUCCGAUGUGUCCACACUCACUCAAGAGCAUGACGAACUGAAGGCCAGACUAUCUUUGGAGGUCAACAAACUGAAACAGGUACGAGUCGAGCUGGAGACUAAUCAUUCAUUGGAGGUGUCCAAGCUGAGGACAGCACAUGAUAAGAUGGAACAGACACUUCGUUUGGAACUGGCCAACAUGAACGCGAAUCAUGAGUCAGCACUGAGGGAGAUGGACGAGAAGAGCACAUUGGAGACCAAGAUGGCGCAGGACUCCCUAAACACAUUGAUGGCCAAGCACGAGCUUGAGAUCAGACAGGAGAAACUAUUGAUGAAGGAGAUACAGGAGACACAUGCAGUGGCGACACAGAAGGCUCUUGAUGUUCAACACGAGUUGGCAACAGAGCGAGACGAAACAGCCAAACGAUUGCGAUGUGUCGAGUUGGAGUUGGAGCAACACAGUGCAGAGGCCCAGCAAGCCCGCCAGGCAUUUCAAGAACGAUUGGGCGACAUGUCGAGGCAGCAUGAUCUCGACGUGCAGGGGUCCACCGAGCUACAUGGCAGACUGGAGGCAAAGGCUAAAGAGUGCGACGAGGCUUUGACAGAGGUGGUCAAGACACAGGAGGAGCUUCAACAGGCGAGACAAGUGUGCGACCAGAGAGCAAAGGAGUUGGACCGUGUGCAAGAGACGAAGAGACAACUGGAAGACAAGUGCCAGGAGAUUGGAAAUGAAUUGGCCGCACUCAAGGAGUCCAGCACGAACAAGGACAUUGACACACAGAAGGAGAUAUCCACUCUGAGGAAACAAGUUGGCCAAAAGGACGUGGCAUUGCGCGCCGCGGCACAAGAGCGCAAGCACUUGGAGGAUCAGCGCGACCGUGAGGCGCAGAGAGUGGUCGAGGCGCAGAAGGAGCUGGAGGUCCAACGUGCACUGUACAUCAUUCCAAUGGAGAAGACCAUCGACUCUGGCAAGCAGUCGAUAGAGCAGCUCGAGCAAAAGGUCGAACAACAUCAGCUUCAGUACAGACAGCUCACACAACAACUGCAGAGUCUUGAGCAGAGGGUACAGACAUACAGUACCGAGGAGGUGAAGCUACAGGAGCAAGUGCAACAAUACGAGACGCAGGCGCUACAGCAGCAAGAGCAGCUACAACAACAAACAGUGCAGAUACAACAACUCGAGCAGGUGUCCCAGCAGCAGACCACCGACAUCCAUGAUCACCAACUUCAAGUCCAAGAGAAAGACAAGAGAAUCCAAGUGCAGGACAAGCGUAUCCAGGAACAGGCAAGGUGUAUUGAGCAACGAGAUGAGCAGGUCAAGGUGGCAGACGAAAGGAUCAAGGUGAUGGAGGUGCAAUGUAAACAACAAGAGAGUCGUCUGCAGGAGCAGGAUAAGUCCAUCAAGCAUCUGACUGAGCAGACUGAACAGAGAGACGAGCAGCUCAAUCUGAAGAAUGAGUUGGUGAUUCAAAAGGAUCAGGAGAUUCAACAGCUCGUUGACCUACAAAGACAACAGGAAGCCAAGGUGAAGGAGCAGGAUACUCUGAUACAACAACUCAAACAACUGGAUCAGGGACAAUCACAAACCAUUCUGGAGCACUUGGAGCAGGUCCGCGAUCAAGACAAGCUCAUCAAGCAUCAAGAACAACUCAUACAUGACAAGGACCAGCGUAUCCAGCAACAAGACCAUCGUAUCCAGGAGAAAGAGCGUCGCAUCCUGGAGCAAGACCAUCAGAUAAAGACACAAGAUCAACGCAUCAAAGAUCACGACAAUCGCGCCCAAGAGCAAGUCCAGCAGAUCCAAGUGCAGGACCAGCGCAUCCAGGAACAGGAGCAACGAAUCAGUGAUCAGGACAUGAUAAUCAAGGAGAAGGAUCAAGUUGCCAAGCAACACCAACAGAGUUUGGAGAGCCAGGCCCUACGAAUUCAGAGUCUCGAGCAACUUGUCCAGGAACAGCUUCAGCGCAUCAAUCAACAAGAUGAACUUGUAGACACACAAACACAACAACUCAAACAACAGCAAGCACAGUAUACACGAGCAGUAGAGAAGCAGGAGCAACAGCAACAAACUCAUACUCAACAGCUUGACACCCAUGCAGCCGAACAUACCGAGCAAAGACAGAUCAUCGAGCAGCAACGUCAUCAAUUGCGCGAGAAGGAGGAGCAGAUCGAGGAGCAGCAGCAACUGGCCUCUCAGCAAAGUCAUCACAUUCAACAACAACGUCAAGAGAAUGAGCAACAAGCAGUUCAGAUUGAGCAACUACUUCAGCAACUCGAACAAAAGAGUCAGCAUACUUUGGCACAGAUGAAGCAGUCUCAGGAUGUGGAGGACAACCUACAAACCACCAUUGACCAGCAGGAGAAGAGGAUCGCCCAGUUCUUGCAGCAAGCCAAGGAACAAGAGUCUGAGCACCACAAUCUGUCCGAACAGAUCCAGUCCAAAGACAGUCAGCUCCAACUCAUCCAGAGACAACAUGCACAGCAACAGCGCGACUUAGCCGAACUCAACAACCAAUACAGCAGCGUGGUGAAGGAGAAGAAUGAGCUAUCAGAGAGCGUUCAGUCCAUGAUAAACUCUAUGAAUCAACAGGAGGAGACUCUUGACAAGCUGAACCUUGCCCUGACCGAGGAGAGGAAGCAGAGCGAACAGAAGCUGAAGGAGCAGCGACAGGAGCUAGAGCAUAAGUACCAGCAGCCAACCAAUGGAAAUGGUGGAUAUCUCGAGCGUGUCCAACGACCUCCCGCCAUGCCUGUGUCCAAGGUGGCAGUGACAAUGUGGCCGCAGAUCAGGCCUGCAGAGACGACCGACAAAGAGGUGGAGAGACUUGAGAAGCUGGUCCAGUGUCUACAGAAGAGUCUGGCUGAUGAGCUAGCACGGUCCAAGGUGCGAGAGUCAACCAUCAAGCUGCUAGAGGAUAAGAUGCAUUCGAUGCAGGCACGUCCACGCAAACAAAACAUGGUGAUUCUUGGCAAAAAGCGAUUCAACUCAAUUACAACAGAUGUCUUGGACAACAGAUUGGUGGAGGAUACAUACAAGUGUGUACAGAGCAUCCUUUUCUCACGUCCAAUCGAAGACCAUCAGGUGGAUUCACUCAACUUACUGUUAAAGACUGAGGCUGGACGAAGAAGGUUCUCACAGAUCCUCCACAUGACCCUGAAACAAGUUCCCAACAUUGUGCUGUCCCAAGACUCCUUCGAGGUGCUCCUAUUCCUAAUCAAUGCCACUCUACAAGAGAUGGAUAUCAGCAAGGAGCACGAUAUCAUCACCGCCAAAGUAAUACUUCAUGCAUCUAGCUCGCUUUAUCGCAUCACAGAGUCUGAUCAACAAGAGUUUAUCAAAGACUUCAUCAGGAGCUCACCAGUGUGGAGGAGCAUCAAGUUCUGGGAGACAUACUUUUGGGAACAAUUGGCCAAGAGACACAGAAAGAGAUAUGACAACGUGGAGACGGUGGACAAAGAGAUUGUGUCCAACCUACUCAGCUUCUUUGGUGUCAAUAUGAUCCACUUCUCAGUUCCAGCGGAUGACAUUAAGAACUUCCUCAUUGACAUUUCACAGUCAAACGGAUUGUCCUACUCAGAGGUCAACAUUGUAUUGGACUUCCUCAAAUCACAACAACCUCCACCUUCAUCCAAUGGCAAAGGAGAUGUACCCUUGUCUCCUUCUUUGAAGAAAGAUAAUAAGAAGACACAACCAUUCCUACGUCGCUAG